UUUAGUAGUUCUCAAUUUGUUGGGAAGAAAUAUCGGGUUUGUGGCUUUGCAAAACAGACUUUAUGGAAUUUGGAGGACAUCCAAGCCUUUUCAAUUGAUGGACAUUGAAAAUGGCUAUUUCUUAGCUAAAUUUCAAAGUCCUGAUGAUUAUGAGAAAAUAUUAUCACAGGGAUCGUGAAUCAUUUUUGGGAAAUACUUAACAGUUCAGCCCUGGUCAAUUGGCUUUAACCCAAUGCUACCUUACCCCCAAUACGGUUCUGACUUGGAUUAGGUUCCUAGGUCUUCCCAGUUAUCUUUACAAAAAAGAAGUUCUAUGGGAGUUGGAGGAAUUGUUGGCAAAGUGACUAAGUUGGAUUUUAACAGACAUUAGGGUGAGGGUAUGAUAUGCACGUAUGGCAAUUUACGUAUAUCUGGAUAAACCUUUGAUCUCAAAAGUUCUAAUCAAUGAAAAUCUUCAAAGAAUUGAGUACAAGAGCCUAUCGGUGGUAUGCUUUUCGUGUGGGUGUUAUGGGCAUAAUAAGGAUUCUUGUCCACAUGUUUCAAUAACACCCACUUUGCCGGAGGAGGUUGUUCCGUUGGCUAAAAUCAUUCAGGAAAAUACGGCGGCCAGGAAAGGGGAAUUCUGCCCCUGGAUGCUAGUGGAGAGGAAAAUCAAAUGCAUUUCUCGGGAGCCUAAAAUAUUAGGAAAGUUUGGAUUUGAUGAGAAAUCAUCGGUUUCGAGAUUUCAAUCUUUAAAAAUUUUAGAUUUUGAAAUGUUGAAGGAAAAUCCGGGAAAGGAAUUCACACCGGAUCUGAAGAGGCAUGGAAAAGGAAUUAUGACAAAAUUUGGGAGAGUCUCAAACGAGACAAACUUCUAUAGUUAAAGGAUCAAGAAAAGAGACUUUGGGCCAGUUGGUGGAGGUUCUUAGUUUAGGCCAGGUUUAGAAGCCCAAAUCCAAAAGCCCUCUUAAUGGCCAAUUUCCUAUUUGGACAUAAUAGUGGACUGGAGCCAUCUGUUAAAUUUUAACAAAGACCAAGGCUGCAAACGGUCAAGGUGUUGGGCCAUCCAAUGUUUUUGAAAUUAGGGUGACGGCUAGGGCGGGACCUUCAAGCCCUACUGAAGGUUUUCGCAUCUCUUUGGAUAGUAAUAGGGAGGUCCAUCUGAUUGCUGCCUCAGGUAAAUCUGUUCCAGUUUCUCUUCCUAUUAUUCCGGUUAAAACUGUUCAUGCGACGUGGAUAUGGUUUCUUUAAUCCCUAGCGGGCUCCAAAAGGAUCAUUUUUUACAUUUUAAUCCGACUUUUAAGGAGGUGACGGAAGUCAAUGUGGGUGUGAAGGAAGGGAUUUUGGAUGCUAAAAAUCACACAGCGGUAGUAUUUAAGGAGAACACCCACCCGAAUUUAUCAGGAGAGGCAGUUGGAGGCAAUUUGUCUAUCUCCAAAAAUCAUCCCAUUAUGGUUAAUGGUAGGGGGAGUGGAGUCAAAGCUUUCGGUUCGGAAGGAGGGUGGAAAAUCAAUAAAACUUUGAAGGGUCCGGGUAAUCGAUUCAAGGCCACCGAAAGUUCUCGAGUUUCCUUUGCUGAAACUAUGAAAAUGACAACGAACCUUAUUUCAAUAGAAUUGGAUAGGCAAGUUGUUAAGAACUUGUCAACAGAAGAAGGGGAACAGGGGUGUGCGAAUGUAAAAUUCUCGAGUCUUUCGUGAGUAUAGUAUAGAAUACAAGCCGGAUAUAGUUAAUCUUCUGAAAAAAUUUCAUCGAGUGGAAGCGAUUGGCUUUUCUGGAGUUAUUUGGCUAAAAAGAAUCAAUUGAUGUAGAGGUGACUGGAAAUCAUCCCCAAUUUAUUCUGUUUCACAUUUGCUCCAUUCUCCAAUCACAGCCGAUCUUUAUCGCCUUUGUGUAUGGGAGUCUUGAUAGGCAAAAAAUGAAGAUUCCUUCGGAGGGAUUUGAGUUUGUCUAUUCUGCCAGGGCAUUUUUCAUGGAUGGCCAUCGAGGAUUUUAACACCAUUCUCUCGCCGGAUGAAAAAAAAGUGGUUGGAAAUGAUUGAUCACAUAAUUAUGUUCAUAGUUGAAUUAAUAGAUUAAGGGGGAAUGAAAAAUUGUUAGUUAUAUGAAUUAGAUAUAACUCCCCUUUUAAUUUAGUCCGUCUUUGGUUGGCCAAUGUAACUUGUCAUAUUUAAUUGGUAUGUUUUGACCAAAAUUAUAGAACGCUUUAAAUGCACAUUUUUGAGAAUUUUU